AUGUGUUUGUAUGUGUUCGGAACAUAUUUCCGCAACACAGACGUCAACAAUCUGUUGUACAUACGCUACACUACCACCACCACCACCACAAUCGAGGAGUACGAGUCGUUGGGUUACCUGUUGACGCGAGUCGAGGGUAAAAUUGGAUCUCCCGAGAAGCCACUCUCCGAUCUGGGUCUGAUCUCGUACCGGUCCUACUGGAAGGACGUCCUGCUGGCGUACCUGUGCUCACGACCUGGGACGACGCUGAGCAUCAAGGAUAUCUCUCAGGAAAUGGCUAUCAAUUCUUACGAUAUCGUCAGCACACUCCAGGCCCUCGGAAUGAUGAAGUACUGGAAGGGUAAACACAUUAUACUCAAGAAGCAGGUGAACCUCGCCUAA